CCGCCCCACGCAGCUUCUCAAAGUUCGGUCACUAAGUUGAGGGCUCGCCGCUGCAAGCAGCAUGUCGCUGGAGCUGUACCUGGACCUGUUCUCCCAGCCCUGCCGCUCCGUUUACAUCUUCGCCAAGAAAAACAAAGUUCCUUUUGAGUUCAAGAAGCUUUCCCUGCUGGACGGUGAGCAUUAUGGGGAGGAGUUUGGAAAGAUCAGUCCAAUAAGAAAGGUCCCUGCUCUCCGAGAUGGAGACUUCUGUCUGGCUGAAAGUGCUGCCAUUAUGUUGUAUCUGGCUGAGAAGUUUAAGACUCCAGACUUCUGGUACCCAGCUGACCUCCAGCAGCGUGCUCGUGUCAAUGAGUAUCUGUCCUGGCAGCACACGGCCAUCCGGAUGCAUGGAUCCAAGAUCUUCUGGCUCCGGCUUUUGAUUCCCAAGGUUAUGGGUGUGGAAGUCCCACAGGAGAAAAUGGACUCAGCCUUUGAAGACCUUCAAUCUUCCCUGAAACUCUUUGAAGAAAAGUUCCUCCAGGAUAGGCCCUUUAUUGUUGGAGAUCAUAUUACACUGGCAGAUCUGGUUGCCAUUGUGGAGAUCAUGCAGCCUGUGGCCUCCGGCCUGGACGUGUUUGAAGGGAGACCCAAGCUGAGUGCCUGGCGAGACAGAGUCCAGGAGGCUAUUGGAAAGGAGCUCUUUGAUGAGGCCCACCAGGAUAUCCUGGCAGUACAGGAGAGUGUGAAAACAAUAGACUCCGGCAAGAUGCAGAUCUUUAAGCCCAAGAUCCUCAAGUUAUUCAUGUGAAGAGGACGAUGUUGGCUCUGUCCAAAGUAGUUAGAUUCCUUCAGCUAUGUUACAAUACAAAGAAUACAUAUAUCAUACAUGCCUGUCUUUACUAAUAGGCUGGAUAAUGAGUAGUAUGCAUUUUAAAUGUCUCGUAUUAAGAGUUUUCUGUUUUUGCAAGUAAACGCCUUAAAAUCAGUGCAGGACUGGCCUGUGGAGUCAGGCAGACAUGGCUGUGACUGUAGGACUGAUUAUGUAAUGCAGAGGAAUGUGAGAUAACAUCUGCACUGAGAACUGCAGAGUAUGUAUGUAAUACGCAGUUCUAAAACCGUUUCUGAAAUGCUUCUCAGUACUCGUAUGUAGUUAAUCAGCUGUGCUCUGUCUCACCUCUGUUAAUCCUCUUUCAAACUUUAAUAAACUGCUUUUGCAACACA